UCUCCGCGCGUUCUCCCAGAGCGGCCUGGGCUCCCGCCCCCUGGCCCUCCCAACGGGUCUUCUCCAGGCCGCUCUCGCCCGAGAAUCGCCUAGUCUCUCUGAUCCGGCCCAUCCGGCUCAGAGAGGGAGGAAGGCUCGGGUGGGCGAGCAAAGGGAGUGCGCCGAUGGGAUCCGGGUCCAAGCUCUUGAAGACAGGCUCCGCCCUCGGAACCCGCUCGCGCCCCGCCCCCGGCUGGAGGGGGUCUGCGGAGGACGGUCCGGGCCUGGGCCGUUCUGGUCCGCACCUUCUAUGGAGGACCCUGCCGGGCGGUAGAGCCCGUCACCUCUGGGGACCCAUCCGUCUUUAAGGGUCCGGACGGGAGUCGGCGAUGGCCUUAGGCCGGACUCUGGCCCUGGCCCUGGCACUGGCCUUGGCCUUGCUGGGGCCGCUGUCUCCUCGGGCCCUGGCAGGGGACUGCAAGGGGCAGCGGCAGGUGCUACGGGAGGCGCCAGGCUUCGUGACGGAUGGCGCAGGCAACUACAGCGUCAAUGGCAACUGCGAGUGGCUUAUCGAGGCCCCAAGUCCCCAACACCGGAUCCUGCUGGACUUCCUUUUCCUGGACACGGAAUGCACGUAUGACUACCUGUUUGUGUAUGAUGGUGACUCCCCCAGAGGCCCGCUACUUGCCAGUCUGAGUGGGAGCACCCGUCCUCCACCCAUUGAGGCUUCCUCAGGCAAGAUGCUGCUGCACCUCUUCAGCGAUGCCAACUACAACCUGCUGGGCUUCAACGCCUCCUUCCGCUUUUCCCUGUGCCCGGGGGGCUGCCAGAACCAUGGGCAGUGCCAGCCUCCAGGAGUGUGUGCCUGUGAGCCAGGCUGGGGCGGCCCCGACUGUGGCCUGCAGGAGUGCUCAGCCUACUGUGGCAGUCAUGGCACCUGUGCCUCGCCCCUUGGACCAUGCCGCUGUGAGCCUGGCUUCCUGGGACACGCCUGUGACUUGCAUCUGUGGGAGAACCAGGGGGCUGGCUGGUGGCACAAUGUGAGUGCUGGGGACCCUGCUUUCUCCGCGCGAAUUGGGGCAGCUGGUACCUUCCUGUCCCCUCCAGGACUGCUGGCUGUUUUUGGAGGCCAAGACCUCAACAAGGCCCUGGGUGACCUUGUCCUGUACAACUUCUCUGCCAACACCUGGGAGCGCUGGGACCUGAGUCCUGCUCCGGCUGCGCGUCACUCCCAUGUGUCUGUGGCCUGGGCUGGCUCACUGGUGCUGAUGGGCGGUGAGUUGGCCAAUGGCUCGCUCACCAACGAUGUAUGGGCCUUCAACCCACUGGGUGGGGGCCGCUGGGAGCUCCUGGCACCAGCUGCCUCCAGCUCCUCAGGACCCCCAGGCCUGGCAGGUCACGCAGCUGCCCUGGUGGAUGAUAUCUGGCUCUAUGUGUCUGGUGGCCGCACCCAGCAUGACCUCUUCUCCUCUGGCCUCUUCCGUUUCCGCCUUGGUGGCACCAGCAGAAGCUAUUGGGAGCAGGUGAUCCCUGCAGGUGGGCGACCCCCUGCUGCCACUGGCCACUCCAUGGUGUUCCAUGCUCCAUCCCGGGCCCUGCUGGUCCAUGGUGGACACCGACCCUCCACUGCCCGGUUCUCUGUUCGAGUAAACUCCACUGAGCUCUUCCAUGUGGAUCGACGUGUGUGGACGACCCUGAAGGGCCGGGAUGGGCUUCAGGGCCCGCGGGAGCGAGCCUUCCAUACAGCCAGUGUGCUGGGCAACUACAUGGUGGUCUAUGGAGGCAAUGUGCAUACCCAUUACCAGGAGGAAAAGUGCUACGAAGAUGGCAUCUUCUUCUACCACCUUGGCUGCCAUCAGUGGGUGUCGGGGGCUGAGCUUGCUCCCCCAGGAACCCCUGAGGGCCGAGCAGCGCCUCCCAGUGGCCGGUACUCACAUGUGGCAGCUGUGCUUGGUGGCAGUGUCCUGCUGGUGGCUGGGGGGUAUAGUGGCCGUCCUCGUGGGGACUUGAUGGCCUACAAGGUGCCCCCCUUCGUGUUCCAGGCACCUGCCCUAGACUACCACUUGGACUAUUGUUCCAUGUACACGGACCACAGUGUCUGCUCUCGAGACCCUGAAUGCAGUUGGUGUCAGGGGGCCUGCCAAGCCGCACCCCCCCCUGGAACCCCCUCAGGGGAUUGUCCAGCUGCCAGUUGCCUGGGCCUGGGCCGCCUCCUGGGUGACUGCCAGGUAUGUCUGGCCUUCAGCAGCCCCACAGCCCCUCCCCGGGGGCCUGGCGCCCUGGGCUGGUGUGUGCACAAUGAGAGCUGCCUCCCUCGGCCUGAGCAGGCCCGCUGCCGAGGAGAGCAGAUCUCAGGCACUGUGGGCUGGUGGGGGCCAGCGCCUGUCUUCGUCACAUCCCUGGAGGCCUGUGUGACCCAGAGCUUCCUGCCUGGCCUUCACCUGCUCACCUUCCAGCAGCCUCCCAAUGCCUCCCAGCCUGAUAAGGUCUCGAUUGUCCGCAGUACAACCAUCACCCUCACGCCCAGUCCCGAGACAGACGUGUCUUUGGUCUACCGUGGCUUCAUCCACCCGCUGCUGCCAGGAGGGCCAGGUGGGCCGGGGGCUGAGGACGUGUCUGUGUGGGCCCGGGCCCAGCGCCUCCACGUUCUGGCCCGGAUGGCCCGUGGCUCCGACCCAGAGAACAUGGAGGAGGUGGGACGCUGGGUGGCUCAGCAGGAGAAGGAGACGAGGAGGCUGCAGCGCCCUGGAUCUGCUCGCCUCUUCCCACUGCCUGGGCGAGGCCAUAAGUAUGCAGUGGAGAUCCAGGGACAGCUUAAUGGCUCGGCUGGCCCUGGGCACAGCGAGCUCACUCUGCUGUGGGAUCGGACUGGUGUGCCAGGUGGCAGUGAGAUCUCCUUCUUCUUCCUGGAGCCCUACCGCUCUUCUACCUGCACUGCCUAUUCCUCCUGCCUGGGCUGCCUGGCUGACCAGGGUUGUGGCUGGUGCCUAAGCAGUGCCACUUGUCACCUGCGCCAGGGUGGGGCCCACUGUCAGGACGAUGGAGCAGGUGGGUCCCUGCUGGUGCUGGUGCCUGCGCUCUGCCCGCUCUGCGAGGAGCAUCGUGACUGCCACGCCUGCACCCAGGACCCCUUUUGUGAGUGGCAUCAGAGCACCAGCCGCAAAGGGGAUGCAGCAUGCAGCCGGCGGGGCCGGGGCCGGGGCGCCCUGAAGAGCCCGGAGGAGUGUCCCCCACUCUGCAGCCGGCGUCUGACCUGCGAGGACUGCCUGGCCAACUCCAGCCAGUGCGCCUGGUGCCAGUCCACCCACACCUGCUUCCUCUUCGCCGCCUACCUAGCCCGGUACCCACAUGGGGGCUGCCGUGGCUGGGACGACAGCGUGCACUCUGAGCCACGGUGCCGGAGCUGUGAUGGCUUCCUGACCUGCCACAAGUGCCUGCAGAGCCAUGAGUGUGGCUGGUGUGGCAAUGAGGACAACCCCACCCUGGGACGGUGCCUACAGGGGGACUUCUCCGGGCCCUUGGGUGGGGGUAACUGCUCUCUGUGGGUGGGGGAGGGCCUAGGGCUGCCUGUGGCCCUCCCUGCCCGUUGGGCCUAUGCCCGCUGUCCAGAUGUGGAUGAGUGUCGCUUGGGCCUGGCACGGUGUCAUCCGAGGGCAACCUGCCUGAACACACCCCUGAGCUACGAGUGUCACUGCCAGCGAGGCUACCAGGGCGAUGGCAUCAUGCACUGCAAUCGCACGUGCCUGGAAGACUGUGGUCACGGUGUGUGCAGCGGUCCCCCCGACUUCACCUGCUUGUGUGACCUGGGCUGGACAUCUGACCUGCCCCCACCCACACCUGCCCCUGGGCCCCCUGCCCCACGUUGCUCCCGAGACUGUGGCUGCAACUUCCACAGCCACUGCCGCAAGCGGGGUCCUGGUUUCUGCGAUGAGUGCCAGGACUGGACGUGGGGGGAGCACUGCGAAAGGUGCCGGCCUGGCAGCUAUGGCAAUGCCACGGGCUCUGGUGGCUGCAGACCCUGUCAGUGCAACGGGCAUGGGGACCCACGCCAUGGCCAUUGUGACAACCUCAGCGGGCUGUGCUUCUGCCAGGACCACACUGAAGGUGCCCACUGCCAGCUCUGCUCCCCAGGCUACUACGGGGAUCCCCGGGCCAGUGGCUCCUGUUUCCGGGAGUGUGGGGGUCGUGCCCUCCUCACCAACGUGUCCUCAGUGGCUCUGGGGUCCCGCCGCUUUGGAGGUCUGCUGCCUCCAGGUGGCGGGGCAGCAAGAGCUGGGCCUGGCCUGUCCUAUUGUGUGUGGGUUGUUUCAGCCACUGAGGAGUUACAGCCUUGUGCUCCUGGGACCCUCUGUCCCCCACUCACCCUUACCUUCUCCCCUGACAGCAGUACCCCCUGCACGCUGAGCUAUGUCCUGGCCUUUGAUGGAUUCCCGCGCUUCCUGGACACUGGCGUUGUCCAGUCGGACCGGAGCCUCAUAGCUGCCUUCUGUGGCCAGCGGCGGGACAGGCCCCUCACUGUGCAGGCCUUGUCUGGGCUGCUUGUGCUACACUGGGAGGCCAACGGCUCCUCAUCCUGGGGCUUCAAUGCCUCAGUGGGUUCUGCCCGCUGUGGGUCAGGAGGUCCUGGGAGCUGCCCUGUCCCCCAGGAGUGUGUGCCUCAGGAUGGAGCUGCAGAUGCUGGGCUCUGCCGGUGUCCCCAGGGCUGGGCUGGCCCACACUGCCGCAUGGCUCUGUGUCCCGACAACUGCAAUGCCCACACUGGGGCUGGGAUUUGUAACCAGAGCCAAGGUGUUUGUAUCUGUGCUGAGGGAUUUGGGGGCCUGGACUGUGCCACGAAGCUGGAUGGUGGGCAGCUGGUCUGGGAGACCCUCAUGGACAGCCGCCUCUCUGCUGACACUGCUAGCCGCUUCCUGCACCGCCUGGGUCACACUAUGGUGGAGGGACCUGAUGCCACCUUGUGGAUGUUUGGGGGCCUGGGCCUGCCCCAGGGGCUGCUGGGAAACCUGUACAGGUACUCAGUGAGUGAGCGGCGGUGGACACAGAUGCUGGCAGGAGCUGAGGAUGGGGGCCCAGGCCCGUCACCCCGCUCCUUCCAUGCAGCUGCCUAUGUUCCUGCCGGACGUGGUGCCAUGUACCUGCUUGGGGGCCUCACAGUCGGGGGAGUCACCCGUGACUUCUGGGUCCUUAACCUUACCACCCUGCAGUGGCGGCAGGAGAAGGCUCCUCAGACCAUGGAAUUGCCAGCAGUUGCUGGUCACACCCUUACUGCCCGCCGAGGCCUGUCUCUGAUCCUGGUGGGUGGUUACUCCCCCGAGAAUGGCUUCAACCAGCAGUUGCUUGAGUACCAGCUGGCAACUGGCACCUGGGUGUCCGGAGCCCAGAGUGGCACACCCCCAACAGGUCUCUACGGCCAUUCUGCGGUCUACCACGAGGCCACUGACUCUCUCUACGUAUUUGGUGGCUUCCGCUUCCACGUGGAGCUGGCAGCCCCAUCCCCGGAGCUCUAUUCCCUGCACUGUCCUGACCGUACCUGGAGCCUGCUGGCCCCCUCACAGGGGGCAAAGCCCCACCCCCGACUUUUCCAUGCCGCAGCCUUGCUAGGGGACACCAUGGUGGUCCUUGGGGGACGCUCGGACCCUGAUGAGUUCAGCAGUGAUGUUCUGCUCUACCAGGUCAACUGCAAUGCCUGGCUCCUGCCCGACCUCACCCGUCCGGCCUCUGUGGGACCCCCAAUGGAAGAGUCUGUGGCCCAUGCGGUGGCAGCGGUGGGGAGCCACCUAUACAUCUCUGGGGGCUUUGGGGGAGUGGCCCUGGGCCGCCUGCUGGCGCUGACCUUGCCCCCUGACUCCUGCCGCCUGCUGCCCUCACCUGAAGCUUGUAACCAGUCUGGAGCCUGCACCUGGUGCCAUGGAGCCUGCCUUUCCGGGGACCAGGCCCACAGGUUAGGCUGUGGGGGUUCCCCCUGCUCCCCGAUGCCUCGCUCCCCAGAGGAAUGCCGACGUCUCCGGACCUGUAGUGAGUGCCUGGCCCGCCAUCCCCGGACCCUGCAGCCUGGAGAUGGAGAAGCAUCUGCCCCCCGCUGCAAGUGGUGUACCAACUGCCCCGAGGGUGCCUGCAUCGGGCGCAAUGGCUCCUGCACCUCAGAGAAUGACUGUCGCAUCAACCAGCGAGAGGUCUUCUGGGCCGGGAAUUGCUCAGAGGCUGCAUGUGGGGCUGCUGACUGUGAGCAGUGCACACGGGAGGGCAAGUGCAUGUGGACGCGGCAGUUCAAGAGGACUGGGGAGACCCGCCGCAUUCUCUCAGUUCAGCCCACCUAUGACUGGACAUGCUUCAGCCACUCUCUGCUGAAUGUGUCCCCAAUGCCAGUUGAAUCAUCACCCCCAUUGCCCUGUCCCACCCCCUGUCACCUCCUGCCCAAUUGCACCUCCUGCCUGGACUCCAAGGGGUCGGAUGGGGGCUGGCAGCACUGUGUCUGGAGCAGCAGCCUCCAACAGUGCCUGAGCCCCUCCUACCUGCCUCUUCGUUGUAUGGCUGGAGGCUGUGGGCGGCUCCUCCGGGGACCUGAGAGCUGCUCUCUGGGCUGUGCUCAGGCGACACAGUGUGCCCUGUGCCUGCGGCGCCCCCACUGCGGCUGGUGUGCCUGGGGGAGCCAGGAUGGGGGUGGCCACUGCAUGGAAGGUGGACUCAGCGGCCCCCGUGAUGGGUUGACCUGUGGGCGUCCUGGGGCGUCCUGGGCCUUCCUGUCCUGCCCCCCUGAGGACGAAUGUGCAAAUGGGCACCACGACUGCAAUGAGACCCAGAACUGCCACGACCAGCCCCAUGGCUACGAGUGCAGCUGCAAGACAGGCUACACCAUGGACAAUGUGACAGGCCUGUGCCGCCCUGUGUGUGCCCAGGGCUGUGUGAAUGGCUCCUGUGUGGAGCCUGACCACUGCCGCUGCCACUUCGGCUUUGUGGGCCGCAACUGUUCCACAGAGUGUCGCUGCAAUCGUCAUAGUGAGUGUGCUGGCGUGGGAGCCCGAGACCACUGCCUGCUGUGCCGCAACCACACCAAGGGCAGCCACUGUGAGCAGUGCCUCCCACUGUUUGUGGGUUCAGCCGUGGGGGGCGGGACCUGCCGGCCCUGCCACGCUUUCUGUCGUGGCAAUAGCCACGUCUGCGUCUCCAGGAAGGAGCUUGAAAUGGCCAGGAGGGAGCCUGAAAAUUACUCACUGGAUCCAGAGGAGAUUGAAAACUGGGUGACCGAGGGUCCUAGUGAAGAUGAAGCCGUUUGUGUGAACUGCCAGAAUAACAGCUAUGGGGAUAAAUGCGAGAGCUGCCUCCAUGGCUAUUUCCUCCUGGAUGGGAAGUGCACCAAAUGCCAGUGUAACGGUCACGCGGACACCUGUAACGAGCAGGAUGGGACGGGCUGCCCAUGUCAGAACAACACAGAGACAGGCACAUGCCAGGGCAGCUCCCCUAAUGACCGCCGAGACUGCUACAAGUAUCAGUGCGCCAAAUGCCGGGAGUCGUUCCAUGGGAGCCCGCUGGGCGGCCAGCAGUGCUACCGGCUCAUCUCAGUGGAGCAGGAGUGCUGCCUGGACCCCACCUCCCAGACCAACUGCUUCCACGAGCCCAAACGCCGGGCCCUGGGCCCUGGCCGCACUGUCCUCUUCGGUGUGCAGCCCAAGUUCACCAACGUGGACAUACGCCUGACACUGGACGUGACCUUCGGUGCUGUGGACCUCUACGUCUCCACCUCCUAUGACACCUUCGUGGUCCGCGUGGCCCCUGACACUGGCAUCCACACUGUACACAUCCAGCCACCCCCACCCCCGCCCCCAAAAAAAAAUGCUGACGGUCCCCGGGUGGCUGGGGACCCAGGAGGACCAGGAGCUGGAAGUGGGCCUGGCAUACCCCCGGAGCCGCGGGUACGGGAGGUAUGGCCCCGGGGCCUGAUUACCUACGUGACCGUGACAGAGCCAUCUGCGGUACUCGUGGUCCGAGGAGUGCGGGACAGGCUGGUCAUCACCUACCCACAUGAGCACCAUGCCCUCAAGUCCAGCCGCUUCUACCUGCUGCUGCUGGGUGUGGGCGACCCAAGUGGGCCCGGUGCCAACGGCUCAGCCGACUCGCAGGGCCUGCUGUUCUUCCGUCAGGACCAGGCCCACAUCGACCUGUUUGUCUUCUUCUCUGUGUUCUUCUCCUGCUUCUUCCUCUUCCUCUCUCUCUGUGUGCUCCUCUGGAAGGCCAAGCAGGCACUGGACCAGCGGCAGGAGCAGCGCCGGCACCUGCAGGAGAUGACCAAGAUGGCCAGCCGGCCGUUUGCCAAGGUCACCGUCUGCUUCCCACCGGACCCCACCGCCCCAACCCCUGCCUGGAAGCCAGCAGGACUCCCACCACCUGCCUUCCGCCGCUCGGAGCCUUUCCUGGCACCCCUGCUGCUGACGGGGGCCGGUGGACCCUGGGGACCCAUGGGAGGGGGCUGCUGCCCGCCGGCCAUCCCUGCCACCACUGCAGGCCUUCGAGCUGGGCCCAUCACCCUCGAGCCCACAGAAGAUGGCAUGGCUGGUGUGGCCACACUGCUGCUCCAGCUGCCUGGCGGGCCCCACGCACCCAAUGGAGCCUGCCUGGGGUCAGCCCUUGUCACACUGCGACACAGGCUGCAUGAGUACUGUGGGGGUGGUGGGGGUGCGGGGGGGAGUGGACACGGGGCAGGUGCAGGCCGGAAGGGACUCUUGAGCCAGGACAACCUCACCAGCAUGUCCCUCUGACCUGCCGAGUGUCCUCAGCCACAGCAGCCAAGUCACUUGAUGGGGCCACUCUGUACCGGGGACACCGGACACUGACUCCUCAGAGACCGCUGGCUUCCUUCCCCCAGGGCUCCCCUUUGUUCUGCAUUCAGCAACUAUUUAUUGAAUUCUACUUUGCGCCAGGCACUGUUGUAGGCACAGAGCAAAGCAGGAAGUGAGGGGGAAUUCUCUGAUCUCAUGGGACUUAGGGUCUAGUGAAAGGAGACAGUCUGUACACAUACAAAAAAUGCUGGGUAGUUUCAGAGAAGGAAAAGUUGCGAGACCUCAGCAGGACAUGGCGGUAGAGGAUGGUGGGGUGAAGUCAACUGUGCAUUCUGAGAAGCUAUAUUGAGGAAGAAAGGAACUAUCCAUGGGAAGAGCACUGGGAAAUGAAUUCCAAGCAGAUGGACCUGCAGGGCAAAGGUCCUGAGAUGGGAACCAGCUUGUUUAUUGGAAGAACCAGAAAAUGAUUGUGAAGCCAGAUCAAGUAUGAGGACAUGAGGUUGGGGACAGUCAGGACCUUCUGCACCCUGGGUAGGGGUUUUGGUUUUUCUCCCAAGGGCAUUGAGAAGCUAUUGGAUGGUUUUGUGGGGCAGAGUGGCAGGGUCUGUGCCUGUUUAGACACGGUGUGGGGAGUGGGGCGCAGGGGCCAGGAGGACAAGGGACAACUGGGCUGGAUCAGGGUGACGGCAUUGAGGAGAGUCAGGCUCAGACGCAGGAUGAGUGUGGAAGAUGUGGUGUGGGUAAGGAUGCCAGGGUGACCCGAAUGCUACGGCCUCCACUGACGGGGCUGUUCAUUGAAGUGGGUAGGCGGGCCUGGGACGAUGAGCAUCCAGGCUUGGUUUUUCUUCAGUCAGGUCCAGCUGGCAGUUGGAGUUGAGUGCAGGAAAUCGGUAGUCCUGGUGAGGGUGGCGGCUGAGAAGGGACAGUGACUGUCGAGCAGUGAACAACAGCAGGAAGCUGCCGCUGCCACCCCUGGGCUCAAGGACCAAGCUCAGUAGUGGCACUGCGUGGCCUUAGAAUCGGUUACCCAGCAAACCAGGAGCAACAAGGGAGCCUUAGAAGAGGGGAAACUUCUGCCUGAGAUGUCCCCCGGGGAGGGGGGCGUUGGUGGGGGGUGCUGAAGUUGAAGAGGGAAUGGUAGGGUCGUUACCACAGCUCUCUUCCAGGCAGGGUUGCCUUGAUGACUAAGGGCCACCCCACCCAAGCCUCCUCCUAGGACUUUCGAGCUCCUCCCACUUGAGGACCCCUUCCAGUCCUAGCUGUCUUCCUUAAUUUGGGACCCUCCCAACACUACAGUCCCCAGCUGUUGUUUUGGUUCCGGGGGAGGGGGCUGGGCCCUUUAUCUUCCCCUCAUUGGGGGCCCCUGUCUGAGAGGCCCCCCCAAUAUGUGCAUGUCAGAGGCAGCUGGGACUGUGUUGGAAGAGGGGAGCGACUGAACAAAUAAAGGGGAAGACCCAAGUGUCUGA